AUGUCUGCUGAAGACGUUGAGGAACUAGUUUUAGAAAAAACAAUGGAUGAAGAUAAUCUUAUAAGGCUUCUAGAAGGAUCUAGAAAAAUGGAAGAAGAUAAUCUUAUUCCCAUCUCGAGACACACAACCAAACGACGCAUAACUGCAAUUAAUACAUCUCUUGAAUAUAAUUUAAAAAACGAUUUGAAGGACUGUAUUGCAUUCAGCUUAGCCCUUGGUGAGUUGACAGAUAUCACAGAUAUUCUGCAAUUGGCAGUUUUCAUACGUUUUGUUUCACCUGACCCCGUUGUUACAGAAGAAUUACUAGAUUUAGUAGAAUUUGAAGAGUCAACCCACGGUUUCAAUAUUAAAAAUGCAUUAGAUUCCAUAAUGAAAACUUUUGAUGUGCCUCUUAAUAAACUUGUAUGCACUGCAACUAAUGGAGCCGCGGCAAUGCUGGGUUAA